ACACAGUAUACUUCCAAGAGUGGUUUUAGCAAGUUGGCCCACCUUAGGAUAUAUUUCUAGGCGCCUUGGACAGCUUCUCAUUUUCGGUUCUCCCUUUUCUCGUCCAUUUCCUUCCUCAGCACGCAUGUUUACGUUUUUGCUUCACAUGCAUCUGAAACGUCAGACUAUCGGAUUUAUAUAACGCAAUGAAAAUAAGCAACUGAAAAACCUGAGCGAGUCAGCUCCAAUCGUGUAGUUAGCUAAUUAGUGAGAUUCGAAUCGAUUAUGUUGAGUUCGGUCUCAAGACGAGCCCUUGGGCUCUCUGUGGAAGUGACGAGCGUGCUGCUGAACAACACAUCGAGACUCACAUAUACAUCUAUUGAUGAAGCAAGAAACAAAACACCCCUGGCGAUCUGCAUACCAAGUAUAGUAUCGUUGGUUCACUAUUCAAAUAAUGCACACAACAGCCUGCCAACUGCCGGCGAAACCGCUGCCACAACCAUAGCCGAAGCUGCCAAAGGCGGCUUCCUCAAACGGUUCAUAAACAAAAUGGGCUGGCUCGAUAACACCCGUAGUCGUUUGCGUGUUUCCGGUUGUCUCCUGUACGAAUCCGUGGUGGACAACAUCAACUAUACGGAAUUUUUCCUUCAUUUCAAAAUGCCCGAUACGUACAACACAUGGUUCCUAAUCACGGAGCUGCAUGUGUGGAUGCUAAUGGUACGUGCUAUGGCCGAAGGGGCCGAGAAGGCCGCCGCUGGACGGUUUCUGCGCAACUGCAUCGUGGAAACUAUGUGGAACGAUGUGACGACCAGGGCAAAGAAGCUGUCCGCGCACAACCCGUCCGUUGUGAGACCACAGGUUCAGAUGCUGUCAGAGCAGUUCCAGGCGGCACUCCUCUCCUACGACGAGGGAAUUAGCUUCGAUGACAAGGCGCUGGCUGCGGCACUGUGGAGAAGAUUUUUCUGUUGCAAGUGCGACGAUUACGAAAAGCUGGAAUUGUUAGUGCAGUACGUGAGGAAACAGAUGGCAAUGCUGGAUGCAACAAGUCGUUACGAUUUUGCUAUCAAACCAAAAGUGAAAUGGCUUCCGUUGCUCGAAAAACCGACACCUUAAGUGGUUAUCAGUUGAUAAUCAAUCGUAUGCUGAUAAUAUCACAGGUAGAACUGACAUGAAAUAGUCACUAAAGCGCUGAUGUAAAGCGGCCCUUACACGAUCAGUAGCAUCGACAUUGUCAGUAAUUGCAAUACUAGCAAGACACACUCCAUUCGACAUCAUCAUUAUUCUUCAACCCUACACGAUCAUUUUAAUUGCUUCGAGGAAUGCAGCAACUCUAACCUUCAUAGUCGUAAGAGAAAUAUACACAUUUUCGAAAUGAAAACUAUCAAUGAAAAUCGAUUUUAUUGUAUCAAAUAAACAUCCACAUCUGUUGCCACGAUCGCAGUAAGCCUGCCCAUGUAUUAUAACGACGGUUACUAUGAAAAAUAACAGUUUGAAAAUAACGUUCAGCGACAUACACGCUAUUGAAGAUCACGGAAAAAUAUACAUAAACGGACAAUUUUGUGAUAGAGACAGGAGUUAGGAACAAUUUGAGGACAUCGGAG